AUGGAAUGGCACAAUCAAACCGUUUUGGUGGAAUUUUUUCUGAAGGGACUUUCCGGUUACCCAAGGCUUGAGCUCCUCUUUUUUGUGCUAAUCUUAAUAAUGUAUGUGGUCAUCCUUCUGGGCAAUGGCACCCUCAUUUUAAUCAGCAUCUUGGACUCUCACCUUCACACUCCUAUGUACUUCUUCCUGGGGAACCUCUCGUUCUUGGACAUCUGCUAUACCACUACCUCCAUUCCCUCCACUCUGGUGAGCUUCCUGUCAGAAAGAAAGACAAUUUCCUUCUCUGGCUGUGCAGUGCAGAUGUUCCUAGGCUUGGCCAUGGGGACAACUGAGUGUGUGCUCCUGGGCAUGAUGGCAUUUGAUCGCUACGUGGCUAUCUGCAACCCACUGAGAUAUCCCAUCAUCAUGAGCAAGGAUUCCUAUGUGCCCAUGGCAGCUGGAUCCUGGAUCAUAGGAGCUGCCAACUCUGCAGUACAAACUGCAUUUGCAGUAAAAUUGCCUUUCUGCAGGAAUAACGUUAUCAAUCAUUUCUCCUGUGAAAUUCUGGCUGUCAUGAAAUUGGCCUGUGUUGAUAUCUCAAACAAUGAGUUCAUCAUGCUAGUGGCCACGACAUUGUUUAUAUUGACACCACUGAUACUAAUCAUUGUCUCUUAUACAUUAAUUAUUGUCAGCAUUCUGAAGAUUCGCUCCUCUGAGGGAAGAAGCAAAGUCUUCUCUACCUGCUCAGCCCACCUGACUGUGGUUAUUAUAUUCUAUGGGACCAUCCUCUUCAUGUACAUGAAGCCUAAAUCUAAAGAGACACUUAAGUCAGAUGACUUGGAUGCUACUGACAAACUUAUAUCCAUGUUCUAUGGGGUGAUGACUCCCAUGAUGAAUCCUUUAAUUUACAGCCUCAGAAACAAGGAUGUGAAGGAGGCAGUAAAACACCUACUUAGAAGAAUACUUUUAAAGAAGUAAAUGGAAAGAGACUGAGCAGGUACUGUUAUAAUCAGUGUGGAAAUCAA